AGAUAUAAUACAUGAGAAGACUUUCCCUAGAAGACUUUUGGAAGACUUCGAUUUAGGCAGAAAACCUAAAUUCUUCUAAAAUUUAGGCGGGAUAUGCCAGAAGAUAUCUUGGUAAGUUUUCUCUGAGUCUUCUAGGCCCUAUAAUCAAAUAACUAAGCAAAAAACACUUAUUUAAACUUAAAAGAAACUUAGAAAAUGUUUAAAUCAAGUUAUUAGAUAGUCACUAAACACAUAUAGGUCAAUUUUUUUUAAAAGAUAAUAUUUCAAAAUCUAACCCUAAAAAUACCAACAAUACUAUAACAUAUGUUACCUAAACCAAAAACUAUCAUGAUUUAAUUUACAUUCACUCAUCUAUGUUGAAAAUAAUUAAAUUUUAGUAAAACUAAAUUUACAUCAUUUAGAAAUGUUCAUUAUUAUAUGAUUUCAAUUUUUUUUCCAUUAAAAUAUGUUUUGUAAAAAUUUAAAUUAUUUUAAAGAUCGACUGAAUUCUCUGAGAAGAGUUCUUUCUAAGUCUUCUCACGCGGAUGGUUAUAAUAGUAAAACUUAAUACAAGUUUUUUGUUUGGUCAUAAAGAUGUUGUAAUUUUACUAGACUUUUGGGAUACUUUUGCAUUUGAUUGAAUUUAGAAUACAUUUUUGUAUUCAAAAUUAAGUUUUGAGUCAUUUUUGGCAAUUUCCGCAAAAAAUUAUUGAAAAAUAACAAAUAAUCAAAAUACUUAAAAUCAUAGAGAAAAUGACAAAUAAACAAAAUAUUAAUUAAAAUUAUUGACAACAUGAUAAAUAUAAAAAAUAACCAAAAAUCAUAGAGAAUAUGACAAGUAAACAAAAUCAUUUCUCAAAUAAUAGUAUAGAUACCAAAAUCAGACUAGGUCCGUUAAGCAAUAUUGGUGACUCUACUAGAAAACAAAACAUACUAUAUUGUUAGCAUAUUUUAGGCGGGAUAUUUGUAUGUAUUACGGAUCAGUAACAAACAAUAUAGAAGGAAGAAUCGAGAUUAAAAGAGAUAUAUGUGUUAUUGAUCGUCUGAGCUGAAACUACAAUUUUUAGUGUAUAAACUUUAGUUCUGUCUGGGUAGCUCUAUUCUCUUAGUCUUUGAAUGUCCAUCUUUUGUUUUAGGGUUCAUGCUUAGGUUUUCUCAUCUAUAAUAAACCUUUCUGUAAUUUUUGCAUCUAUAUAACGUAACUAAUGUUUGGUCCGGUUAACUGGAUAAUUGUAAGAUCACUGAAACCUUUUUUUAAGAAGAUAAAUAUUAAAUACUUUAGUUAAAAACAAAAAAAAAAAUUAUAAACAAACAAAAUAGAAACAAAAAUAAAUUAUGAACAAUAAAAAUGAAAAAAAAAUUAAAAUUAUAAGAACACAUGGUAACCUAUCAACGCUUUAUUCUAUUGUUAUUUAUAAGAUUUAGAAUCAUAUCAUACAUGAGCAUGUUUUAUAAAGAAUCAUUAUUUGUAAAUUAAAAAUUCAAACUUAACUACAACUGAAAAUAAAAUAAAAAUAAAACAGUAUCAAAAUUUAUUUGAAGAUCAGGAAAAUAUUUGAUUUAAACGUGACAUAUAAAACAUUCCAAAAUUAUCCAUAUUGGAUUAGGUUUUAUUUUCUGAUAUUCAAAGUCAGGUUUUAUUAAUACCAAAAACAAACAAAUCUGGAUGGAACUACAUGACAUGAUGUUUUAUUUAUUUAUUUAUAUACAAAUUCAUGUUUCCAAAUUCUAAUGCAUCCCAUCAGUAAUUUUUGUACACUCCCCUUAGUUUUGAACUUUUGAUUAAGUCAUAAAUACAAAUACAGAUGCAGAAAGCAACAUUGAGUUUUUUGACUGGUUUACAUUAUGCGAAUUGACUCGCUUAAUUAAAAAUAAGUAAAUAUUACACUGAUAUAAUUAGGGUAAGAAGACCAGAUUUUUUACUCAAAAUGAGAAAAUCAAAAUUACCAAGUCAAAUAUUCAAGGAACCAUGUGAUACAAAUGAAUAUAUUGCCAUAGAGGAUGAACCUACAAAAAUCAACAUUUAUAUAAAGGUCGACUAAGUCGAGUGUUUAAUAACAAUUUACAAACCUCUAAGAAGGCUCUAAACAGUAAAGAAAUCAACCAUUCGCCAUUUCAAAACCCUCUUGACAUUCAAUUAUGAAUCCUUUGAAGUUCUUGUUAAUCAUCGUGGCCAUCUUGGUGGCCUUAUGUCCAGCAAUAGUCCAAUCUCGACAAAUAAAAUGUGACCGGUUGGGUGAGAAUUGCAUCGAGGAUGGAGAAGAAGAGACCAUGAAAAUGAGAUUUGGUUUGGAUGUGAGCCGUAAGAUUCUCCAAGCCACACGAUAUAUAAAUUAUGAUGCUUUGAAGCACAACGUACCAGCUAAACAACAUGGUCAAGAGGACCGAGCGGAUAACACAUAUCGUCGAGGUUGUACUCUCGCUACAGAAUGUUAUCGGCUUACGAAUUAAACAACAGGAAUACUAAUUUUUAUUUUUAGUGCAACACAGAAACAAAAUAUAGUUUUUUUUCCAUUAGUUUACAUUUUCUGUUUAUGUAUUUUUAUUACCUUUGAUUGGUAUCUUCAAUAAAAUUGAAAAGUUUAUUACUAUUUUCAAUAACAUCUAAUUCAUUGAUUCACAUAGCUAAAAAGGGCAAUUGUAUAUAUAACUAACCGAUCUAAUAAUUUCUACCAUCUAUUAUUAUGAAUUCAGAAUAGAGGAAACAAAAUACCAGCUUCAGAUUCUUAAGAUUUAAACAUUGGAGUAUUAAAACGAGAAAGGUUUUCGAAGAUUAACGACGGCUGGAUAGUUGAGGAAGAAUUGGUGAAAGGAUCGACUAUUUUUACUACAUUUAUUUUUAACCAAAACAAUAGAAGGAUAAUUUCUAUUGUAGAGUAAUAAACACCCUCCCAAACAUAUGACUUGAU